AUGCCAAAAGAACUCGCCGACCUCGCGCCGCAGCUGCUUCAGAAGGAGCGGGCGACCGCAACCUUCAAGACCGAGGCGUGCGUCGACCUCGUCCUUGGCUCCAAGGCGUGGCAGGCGCGCAUGGACGAGCUCCGGUCGCUCAUCGAAGCGCACCCGGUUCUCUCGGACCGCGACAUGAUGUACCGCAACCACAAGGAGCGAUACGAAGUCGCACUCGCCAAGUCGCACGCGUUCGUGUCCUUUCUUGAAGAUCACAACAUCACGACGCCAGACGAGCAGCAGUUUGUCUACUACCAGCUCGGCGAGCCGCUGCCCAUUGACGUCCACCGGUCCAUGUUCAUCCCGACGCUCGAGACGCAAAUGGACGACGAGCAGCGUGCCUACUGGCUCCCGCUCGCGCGCAAGGCCAAGAUCCUCGGCGCGUACGCCCAAACGGAGCUCGGCCACGGCUCCAACGUCCAGGGCAUCGAAACAACGGCCAUCUAUGACGCGACGACGCAAGAGUUUGUCUUGCACUCGCCGACGCUCACGAGUCGCAAGUGGUGGCCCGGAGGUCUCGGCAAGACCGCCAACCAUGCGAUCGUCCACGCCCGCUUGCAUCUCGGCGGCAAGGACCGCGGCGUCCAGGCGUUCUUGGUGCCGCUGCGGGACAUGCAAACGCACGCGCCCUUGGCAGGCGUUAGCAUUGGCGACAUUGGCCCCAAGAUUGGAUUCCAGUCGGUCGACAAUGGCUACUGCGCGUUCGACCACGUCCGCAUUCCGCGCCGACACAUGCUCAUGCGCUUCGCCAAGGUGCUGCCGAACGGCGACUUUGUCAAGCCGCCGACCGACAAGCUCGUGUACUUUACCAUGGUCCGCGUCCGCGUCUUCAUCUCCUACGUCUGCUACCGGUACAUGGCGUUUGUUGUGACGAUUGCGACGCGGUUCAGCGCCGCGCGUCUCCAAGGCUAUGCGCGCGGCAGCAAGACGGACGAAGUGCCAGUCCUCGCUUACGAGAACCAGCAGCUCACGCUCUUCCCGCUCAUUGGGCUCAGCUACGCCGCCAUGUUCACGUCGCGCCGCCUCACCAGCAUCUACGACAGCAUGGUGUCGGCCCUCGGCGGCCCCAUGGACGCCCACAAGCUCGACAUGCUCAACCAGCUCCACGCGACGUCGUCGGGCUUGAAGGCGCUUCUGACGACCGAGGUCGGCAACGGCAUGGAGCGCGCGCGCCGCGCCUGCGGUGGCCACGGCUUUAGCGCGUCGAGCAAUAUCCCGCACCUCAUGCAAGAGUUCAUCGGCGCGUGCACGUACGAAGGCACGUUCGAUGUGCUCGUGCAGCAGCACGGCGCGUCGCUCCUCAAGCGGCUCCACAAGCCUACGCCAUCCUCGUCCUCGUCGAUGGACCUCUUCGCCUACAUGCGCGUGGACGCGUCGUCACCGUGCGAUGCGAUGACGCCCGAGAUGCUCCUCGAGCCGUCGACGCUGCUCCGCGCGUUCCAAGUGCGCGCACUCAAAACGCUGCUCGUCGCGGACCGCCACAAGGCGUCCAUGCACUGCAUUUCGCGCGCCUCCAUGGGCCACGCCGAGUCGGUGAUCCUCCAGUGCUUCUACGACGGCGUCGUUGCGAUUCACGACACGGCGCUGCGCCACGCGAUGCGCCAGCUCUGGCAGUUGUACGCACUCUGGCGCAUGAGCGAACACCUUGGCGAGUUCCGCAUGGACGACUACCUCAGCGCGACGCAGGCGACGUGGGUGACGGACGGUCUCCUCAGUUUGCUGCCGCAGCUGCGUCCGAACGCGAUCGCGCUCGUGGACGGCUUUGGGUUGACCGACUUUGAGCUCAACUCGGCCAUUGGACGGUACGACGGUGACAUUUACCGUGCGCUGGUUGCGCGUGCGGCCAAGGAGCCGCUCAACCAAACGGACGUUGUCGACGGGUAUCACAAGUACCUCCAGCCGAUCCUCGCAUCCAAGCUCUAAGUCGACUAAAGUGGCAAUCGGUUGCCUAGUCA